AUGGCAAAGAUACAAGAUCAAGCUAACGAGCCAAGUAUUCAGAAUAUCCAGAGUAUCCUCCUGGUUGCCGUCUAUGCAUUGCGUUCACCAUCAGGAUCCAGUGUGUGGCAUCUGUGCGGCUUGAUGAUCAGGCAAUGUAUCGAGCUGGGGCUUCACCGGCAAUUGCGAACAGAUAAGAACUCAGCCCGGGCGGACGAAUUUAAGCGGAGGUUAUUUUGCAGCAUUUAUCAUCUAGAACGUAGAAUCGCCUUGGUACUGGGAAGGCCGUUGGCCAUAACCGAUGAUGAGAUUGACGUUCCAUUACCCCGUGAGACCGAAGACGGCCAUUCCGUGGACAGCCCAGAGCCUUCAAAAAUCAGUCAUGGGUUACCGCACCCCAGAAGCAAGCCAGAAACGACCUCAACAGCAGCCAGGAAUGACAUUCUGUUCCACGUCCAGAACAUUCUGCUAGAUCAACUCAACGCGAGAAGCCGCCUCACACUCUCGCGUCUCGCCAAAGUAGGUCGCAGAAUAGAGGUCGAGCGAAAGAUUACAAAGCGAUUCCAAGAAAUUGAAGAUUGGAAAAGUGCCAUAUUCGGUCACUCGGCCGGAGGUGAGGGCUCGACGGACUUGAUGUACUCAAUUCCCAGGACCCCUGUUCAGACCCCUGCGUCGCGGCCUCCCCUACCGGAAGCACAGCGUCUUGUGUUGCUGCUCAACUACCAUCGAGCUCGCCGAAUGCUCCUCCAGACCAUCCUCACCGAAAUCCAGUUGCCCAAUCAAGCAUUCCCGUUUUCUUCCUUCGCCAGGUCUUCGGGCGAAGUCUGUCAGCUCAACCGGCGUCUUCACCGCUCAAGAUCUGUCCCCUUCACACUGCUUGAUCUACACUCCGUGUUUGUGGCUGGCUUCUCGAUGAUCUACUGCGCGUGGUCGGAUCCCGGUCUCUACGACGCUGAAAUGGCGGCUGACUUGGGCGCUUGCUCCACUGUGCUGUACUUGAUUGCCGAACAAUGGGGCGCAGGGGCGAAGAAGUACCGCGAUACCUUCGAGUUGAUCAUGGGAAAGACGGCUGAGUAUAUCCUCAGUCCCAAGCGUUCCCACGCGAGUAGUUAA